AUGAGAGCAGUCCUAAUAUCAUCCGCACAUACGAUCCAGCACUUGGAUGGAAUACUACAAGACGCUCAUGAUGCGCCAUCCUGGUCGCUCUACGAAGAGUUGACGGCCGACGGUGCCCAGGUCCAACGUCCGGAACUAUCACAGCCGCUUGUCACGGCACUUCAACUGGCACUGCUAGCUCUAUUUCAGGCUUCCGAUGUGGUGCCUCAAGCGGUCAUCGGGCAUUCAUCCGGGGAGAUUGCAGCAGCUGUCGCGGCAGGCUACAUCACCCCCGAGCAGGCUAUCUUGAUAGCGUAUUAUCGGGGUAAAGCUACAUUCGAAGCCGUUUACCAGGCACUUGUCGGGAUGAUGGCUGUUGGUCUUGGACCUGACCAGGUCUUACCAUACUUGGAGGGCACUACUAUUGAGAUUGCCUGCAUUAACAGCCAGCAGAGCGUCACCCUCUCGGCCAAGGUGAUGUACUCGCUGGGCGAUAUGAGAAUCUGUUGA